CCGACAUGACCCUCACAAAGAUGGAGCCGUUUAACAAACACCUCCUACAAAUUCACACGCACUCAACUCAACUCAACUCCUUAAUAAAACGCCAUACAAACCCACGCUUUUACCAAGCGGAUCCCAUCACAGAUCACACGCUCUCUUCUCUCUUUCAUGGGAAACAAUAUAACAUACCGUCGAUCAGAUGCUACCGGAAAAGUCGUUCUCUCCGACGGCACGGUCCAUGAAUUCGAUAAACCACUAACCGUUGCCGAGCUGAUGUUGGAGCACUCACAACAAGUUGUCGUUGAGUUACAGUCAGCUGUGAAUGGAAAGAGGCCGACUCCAUUACCGGCUGACAUGAAGUUGGAGACGAAAAAGAUUUACAUAAUGCUUCCCAUUAAGCGAGGGAAGCCGGCCGCCAUGUCCAGCGAAGAAGUUCGCCGGAUUCUCUUAAGCGCAAAUUCAGUUCUACGUUCGAGGUCUCUUUUGUCUUCGUCAAGGUUUCUUCCUCUGUUUGCCCGGAUAUGCCCGGCUGGUUUAGGGGAUGGACAAGCGUUUGUGCUGCAAAAGAAGGAAAGCAUGGAGCGGACCGAGGAGAGGUUCGUUCCGGAGUUUCUGCCGGAGAUAUUAGAUGGGAUGCCGGAAUAUUUGAGUAGGCAAUUAUCAGGCAAGGGGUGGAAACCCAGUUUGGAUCCAAUAACGGAAAUGAAGGUUAAGAAGAAGUUAUCUCACCGGAUGAGACAGAGUUUCUUAACAAAGUAGGUCGAAGGCAUGUAUUUUCAGAACAUGCAAUUUUUACAUUCAUUUUUUUAAAUGGAUGUGGAAAUAUAUGUUGGUUUAAAAAUGUACGUAAAAAUUACGUGCCCAGAAAGGGUAAUGCUCAGGAGAAGUAAUAUAUUAAUAAUCCAAUUUGAAAGAAAAUUUUA